AUGCAUCUGAUAAUUCUUGGGACAUUCCUGACGAUGGCGUACGGGAUGCCUUCCUACAUAGCAGUUCCAGCAGAUCAAAUAGCGUUCGUGGACCUCACAGCGCUACGAUCGAGUAGUAGAUCGAGAGUAAGAGUCCCAAGACAGAUCCUGACUCCACCACCACAGCUACCAGAAGCAAUAUAUGAAGAAAACUACCAACCGAUACCGAUACAUAAUUAUCAUCAAGGAACAAUAGCGCUCGCCCCUCCUCCCCCACCCGAAGCCCCAGAACGGAUUCAAAGUCAACCUGAAGAAGAUGGAACUCCAAGCUCAUCUAACAGCGGUGCAGUAUCACAUUUUGCGGAGAGACCUCCAGAUUUUGGGGAAUACGUAGAUUUUGGAGCCCACACGGGAGAUAAUGGUGCCUUCGGGUGGUAUGCGGACUAUCCUGUCAACAACCAAGAUAGCUCGGGAUAUAGGAAA